ACACAUAAACACGUGUACGCGAUAGAGUGUUUACAGUCACAACGGGAUUUUAGGUUUACCGCCGUGAGUCAUGAUGCAACUCAACAUUGGAAGUUUCCAUGUCAUGGGGUUUUGUAGGCCUGUAUAUAAACACGGACAAAACAUUUAAUACCUACAUUACAUACACAAACGGACAGAACGAGACCGAUACGCAAAUAAAACGGUUACUUUACAAAAAUACCAUGGCUAACUUUGACUAUCUGUUUAAGUACCUGCUGAUAGGCGACUCGGGUGUAGGGAAAUCUAACCUACUACUCCGGUUCGCGGAUGACGUAUUUUCAGAAACCCACAUAGCAACAAUAGGUGUUGACUUCAAAAUCCGAACUGUGAACAUUGAAAACAACAUUGUUCAAUUACAUAUAUGGGACACGGCGGGACAAGACCGGUUCAAAAGCAUUACGUCAUCUUUCUAUCGAGGGGCGCACGGCAUUAUGCUUGUAUAUGACGUCACUGACAUGGAUUCAUUCAUAAACGUUGAAAAAUGGCUCCAGGAGGUUGACAAACAAAGAGGCCGAGAUAACAGCAUUAUUCUCGUAGGGAACAAAUCAGACAUGACCAGUAAACGGGUGGUGACGUGGGAAAUGGGCAAGGAAUAUGCUGAUAAACUGGGUGUUUUGUACUUGGAAACCAGUGCAAAAACGUCGACAAAUGUCGAAACUCUAUUUCUGACCAUGGCAGCCGACAUAAAAAGCCACCUCGUCGAGAGUAAGCUAGACACCACAGGAGGUGGGACAGUGAUCGUCCGAAACAGUUCGCCAGUCGUGAAGAAGUCGUCAUGGAUAUGUUGCUCAGUUUAGAGUGACUUGGAAACCGUUAUGUGACAUAUUCUGUGGCUAUUAUGGCUAGAGAAAGAUGUGAAGAAACAUCUCAUGUGGCUUGUGUUGAUUUUGCGGAACAUUGUUGAGCGACUAUUGUUUAAGUCACCGGUGGCACAUGUAGAAUAUUGGUCAUGUGAUAUGUGCAAAGGGCAUUACGAUCUCGACAAUUGUUCUGCCAUAUUUGCUACAAAUUUAAUAAAUUUGGAUAAACACGUAUGCCCUAAUGGUGUAAGAAAACAAGUACACAACUUUUAAGAAGAAUCGGUACAUUGCUUCUAAGGCGAUAGAGAACGACAACUUGUGAGGUACACAUUUUUUUCUUGGAUUCCAUACCAAACAUUAUCCCAAAAAAUGGUGAGGACAUUUGAAUAUUGUGUACCUCAGAAAGAUCGAUAUAAAUGAUUGUAUGACAUAAAAACACAUAUUUCUGGGUGCAAUAUCCAAAAGAGGCGCUGGAUUCCUACAAAGAUGGAGGACUACACAAAUCCGCAAGCUAGACAGACUGCAUGCUGAGUAUCGUCGUCAGUUUCAAUGCAAGUUCUCGAAAAAGAUAUUUGAAGACCCAGCUUGAAACAAGUGACAUUUACAGUUAUUAUGAACCUAUAUAUAUGCGGGAUAUAGAAAUAGUGAUGUACGCAAAACAUACUAAGAAUCCACAUCAGUUUCAAUUCUAGUUACUGAUAAUGACAUUCGAAGGAUGUUCCAUACAUACUAUUACUGUACCUGUGUAAGGAAGUUGUACAUAGUACAUUAGACGAUGCAGCUUUAUUUACAAUUAUUAUGUAUAUAGGAUUUACGGCUAGCAUAACAUGAAUACCCACAUGAGAUAUUACAUACAUGGUUCCAUACAAGAUUUACGACUACUUAAGCCUGUAUGACUAUAUGAAGUAUAAUAUCAAUUGUUCCACAGAAGAAUCGAGAUAAGUUUCAAUCCAAGUAACUGAUAAUGACAUUCGAGCAAUGGUCCUUUAAUACUAUUUGUAUACGUGUGCAAGAAAGUUGUAUAUAUCAUAUUCGAAGGUGCUUCUCGCUAUAUAAAUAUCAUGAGUUACGGCUUCUAAAGCCUGUAUGACUAUAUGAAGUAUAAUAUCAAUUGUUUCACACAAGAAUCGACAUCAGUUUCAAUCCCAGAUACUGAUAAUGACAUUCGAGUGAUGGUCCUUUAUAUGUAAUGGGUGAUAUUAAAUACUUGUGACAAAUACAUGUAAGGUAUCUGUUGUUGAUAAUUUACCAGAUCAUAUUAACAAUAAUUCAGUAGAUAUUUCACUCUGUCACUCAGCAUAUUUUCUUCAAGUUGAAUACAGAAAUAAUUAUAAGCCUUUGACAUUAAUCAUGGGCGGAUUGGUCGAGUGGUUAACACUCCGGCCUUC